AACCCCCCCCCCCCCCCCACUUUUCUUUUGGUGGGGUUCUUUUUAUUUGGCAAGUUUAACUGUUUGAUUAAGUAAUUAGAAUUUUAGUGCCAAGAAUCUGGAUUUUUUGUGUUUCUUGUAAUGAAAAAUUCAAUCUUGGGAACAAAUGUUGAAGAUUCUGGUAUUGGUUGAGCAGGUUGUUUAAGUCUUGCAUAAGUUGGUCAAACAACUUUAAUUCCAUUUCCUUAUUUGCUUAGAUCUUAUACUUAAUAGAUGUAUAUACCAGACUUGGUGUGAAUCUAAUUACUGUAAUCUGUUUCCCCCUUUCCAAUAUUUAGUGAAUUUCUGGGGGAAACUUUUUUCUCUAUAUGUAACUUGCAGGAAAGAAAAGAAAAAACCCCACCAUUUUUACUGUGGGUUUAAUAGUUUCCAAUUAACAGAUUAGGAGAAAAGUUAUAAACUUUGAUCAAUUGAGGCAGAAUUGGUGAUUAUUCUGAUUGUGGGGUUACUGCCAGUCUAUGGGAGUACCUGAUAAUUCACUACUGGAUUUGAUUGAGAAAAUUAAGUCUUGGAUUUCGUGGGGAACGAGUGAUCCGACUUCCUUAGAUUGCACAUGCAACAUGGAUUUUGACAGUGGCAAAACCUGUUGGGAAUGCAAGUUGAAGUUUACUGAUUCUUGCAAAAAGUACAAUUGCCAAAGUUGCAAUGGAGUUUUCUGUGGUGAUUGUAUGAACAGUUGUGAAUCUUCAGAUGUUGUUGUUGCUGCAUCUGAAUCAGAAGGGACUGUGAUUGGUAUAAAGUCUUGCAAGUUGUGUUCUAAUCUAAGGACUUGGCAUAAAGGUGCAAACAAGUAUAGUGACAAAAUUUAUCCUUCAGAUUUUGGUACUGACAAAUUUGAUGAUUAUUCUUCCCAUUCUGCAAUCAAGAAUGGUUUUACAGCCUUUUCAAAUCAUCCAUCUCCAGUAUCUCUUCAUCACUCGCCAAGCAGGAGUGAUGAAGACGAAGGAGGGGAUUGCACAAACCAAUUAUUUAGCCCAUCUAGUAGUUAUUUUCAUGAUAAUUCAGAUAUAGAUUCAAGUAGUGUUAGUACUAGACAUGAAUAUAACAAUUUAAGGUCAGUUGGAUCAAGUCCAUCGGACAGCCCCUCUAGGAUUCGUUUUACUUCCAAUAGAGUUGGGCAUUCUGUACAGCAAGAUCAAAAUGAGACCCCAAUGUCUCAGAUCGAUGGUCCCUUUGAUCAAGAAGCCUUGGAUGUUUUAAGAAGGCUUGAGAAAGGGGCGAAGGAUCCACUACAGACUGCUGAUGGCAGUGUUGAAAAUUUGUCCGUGUAUCGGAACCAGUUAGGGAAGCAGCAAAAGCCAGUCGAUCUUAGAAAUGGCGGUCUCAUAUGGUUACCUCCUCCGCCUGAUGAAGAUGACAAGGCAGAAAAUAAUUUCUUCUCAUAUGAUGACGAGGACGAUGAAAUUGGAGAGUCAGGUGCAACGUUUUCAUCAGGUGCGAACCUUGCCACCGUGUUCCCUGCAAAUGAGAAGGAGCAUGUGGAUCACAAAGAACCGUUAAAAGCCGUUGUUCAGGGCCAUUUCAGGGCUCUUGUCUUACAGCUAUUGCAAGGUGAAGGAAUAAAGUCAGGGAAAGAAAGCAGUGCCGAUGAUUGGGUUGACAUAGUUACAUCACUAGCAUGGCAAGCUGCGAAUUUCGUGAAGCCAGAUACCAGUGAAGGAGGCAGUAUGGAUCCUGGUUAUUACGUAAAGGUUAAAUGUGUAGCUUCUGGAAGCCCAAGGGAAAGCAUCCUUGUUAAAGGAGUAGUCUGUACAAAGAAUAUUAAACACAAGCGCAUGACUUCACACUACAAAAAUGCUAGAUUGCUUAUAUUAGGAGGAGCACUUGAGUACCAAAGAGUUCCCAAUCAGUUGGCAUCUUUUAACACAUUAUUGCAACAGGAAAGGGAGCAUUUGAAGAUGAUUGUUUCAAGAAUCGAAGCCCGCCGUCCUAAUGUGCUACUUGUGGAGAAAAGUGUAUCUUCUCAUGCUCAGGAGCAUCUAUUGGCAAAAGAGAUCUCUUUGGUGUUAAAUGUUAAGAGGCCACUGCUGGAGCGGAUAGCUAGGUGCACUGGUGCUGUUAUUACUCCGUCCAUCGAUAACAUAGCCACUGCAAGAUUGGGAUAUUGUGAGCUCUUUCACUUAGAAAAAGUUUCUGAAGAGCAUGAACCUCCAAACCAUUUCAACAAGAAGCCGUCAAAAACUUUGAUGUUUUUUGAUGGUUGUCCUAGGCGUUUAGGUUGCACGGUCUUGCUGAGGGGUUUGUGUUGUGAAGAGCUCAAGAAGGUGAAGAAAGUCUUCCAGUAUGCAGUCUUUGCGGCAUAUCAUCUGUCCCUUGAAACAUCUUUCCUUGCCGAUGAGGGUGCUAGUCUACCUAAAUUGUCUGUAACACCCUCAAUUGCCAUACCAGAGAUGGUAUCUGCUGAUAAUGCUAUUUCAGUGAUUUCUCAUACUGCUGAUAAUGUAGGAUCUUCCACCUGCAAUGCCGAUGUUGGGUUACCAGCGUCAUCGUUGGAGCAUCAUUACCCUCCUUGUAAUGAUCCACCCACCCUAGAUGAUUCUAGAGACAGAGAUCUUCUCUCUACUGCAUGCCAUGACAAUUUACAUGAUAUAAGACCUGUUGAAUCUGUUGAAACAAUAAAUCAAGCCGGUGAAAGAUCACAAGUAACUUUAGGCCAAGUGGAGAGUCAACCAGGAGAAUUACCAGAGCUGUCAAAGCUUGAGAGAUCAGAUGAAAUUGAACCCUCUAAUGAAUUCUAUUCAGCUGCUGACAGU